AUGCGUGGGAACGCAGUUCUGGCAUCUCUGAAUGUAUGGAAUGGCAAGAAGUGCUUGGGUGUGCUAGGGGAUCUAUUGUCACUGAAGGUAAGGCAUGCUGUCUGAGUGUUAUAGGCAGGGGCGGACUGACAACUCAUGGGGCCCCCGGGCAAUAGGGGAUCAUGGGGCCCCUGUGUCCUUGCCCAAACUCAAAAAAGCCCAUAAAAAAAGGUACCAGGGGCAUCUCAUGGGGCCUCCUACUGACCCUGGGCCCUCGGGCAGUGCCCGAGUUUCCAAAUGGUCAGUCUGCCGCUGGUUAUAGGU